GAGGAGGGAACGUCUGAAAAGCAAGCAGUUCUUUAUCAGGUCUCCUCCUGCCGCCGAUCCUCAGCGACUUGUGACCAGGUGGAGAUGAGGGGUCCGCGGGCCAGCUGGGGGCCCCCAGCGGUGCUGCUGCUGCUGCUGCUGCUGCUGCUGCUGGCUUCAGGCUCCACGAAUGGAUACAAACCUGUCAUCAUCGUGCACGGCAUCCUGGACGGACCCGAACAGUUAAAAAAUCUGUCAGGCUUCAUUAAUCAGGUGCAUCCGGGAACGGAGGUGAAGAUCAUCAGUCUGUUCAACAAACUGAACAGCAUGAAGCCGUUGUGGAUUCAAGUCCUAGAGUUCAAGAAGACCAUCGAGAAAAUCACAAGCGCUCAUCCUGAGGGAGUUCAUGUGCUGUGUUUCUCACAAGGUGGUUUAAUCUGCCGAGCAGUUCUGUCGAUGUCUCCGAAUCACAGCGUUCACACCUUCAUCUCGCUGUCAUCCCCCCUGGCUGGACAGUACGGAGACACAGAUUACCUGCAGUGGUUACCUGGCUAUGUAAAGAAGACUGCUUAUCUUUUCUGCUACAACAAAAUGGGGCAGCAUUUUUCGCUUUGUGACUACUGGAACGACCCUCACCAUAGAGCCCGCUACCUGAAGGGCAACACCUUCCUGCCUCUGAUCAACGGUGAAAUACCUCACCAGCACCUGAAAGAUUGGAGAGAAAACUUCCUGCGUAUCAAGAAGAUGGUGCUGAUUGGAGGACCAGAUGAUGGCGUCAUCACUCCAUGGCAAUCCAGCCACUUUGGUUUCUACGACUCUAACGAAGACGUUGUGGAAAUGAGGAACCAGGAGUUUUAUAAAAACGACACGUUUGGUCUGAAGACGCUGGACGCCCGUGGCGACGUGUCGGUGUGUGUUCAGUCCAGAGUCAAACACACACACUGGCACUCCGACUUCACCGUGUUCAAAAACUGCAUCGAGAGGUGGCUCAUAUGAAAUGACUCAGCAGCACACAGAGAUGCUGGUUGGAGGUUCGAUUUGCUCCAAGAUGAUUUAAAACUUCUCAUCUUUAAGGACAGUUUGCACUAAAAGAGAAAUUGUGAAAAGAUUAUGAGGGCUCGACGUGGAGGAUGAGGUAAAAUAUUACAACCCAAUCAAUAAUUGUCCUUCUUUCCCCUGAAGUCUGUAAACACUUUGAUAUUUGUGUUGUUUAAUUAUUGCUCCAUCUAUAGUCAUACUAGAAAAAGAUUGUAAAUGUUAAUGUGGAAAAAAAAGUGUUAUAAAAGAAAGUUUUGACUGAAACUUUAAGUGCCUUUACAAACAAUUACCUCAUUGUUUGGAAUCUAUAAUCAAUUUUGAUAUUAUUCAUACUGUCCUAAUAAUCCCACUUUCUCCAGAAAGUUAAAAUAAUCAGAUGGUAUGUUAUUUUAUGGGGUUUGUUUGUUUGUUUUUUCUAGUUUUGUCGUAACAAAUGUCGUAUAUUCUUGCAAUAAACACUUCAAACUUCCGGUAUUAAAGAGUUUAAACGGGUAAAAUGUAGCAUUUGGUUGAUUUAGCAUCUAUGUUUUUGUAAACUGGCUAUUAUCACAGGGAUGAUUUUAAACUCGCCUAUUUUUUCCACAUAGUUAAAUAUCGGCUGUCCGUGAACCAACCGGUGCACUGCUGCCCUCUGGUGGUGGAAGUUCUUCAGACAAACUUUUGAAAUGAAAUGUUUUAUAUCUGGGCUUGUUUUAUUUACAUUAUCAAUAAUAUUUCAUAUGGGUCUUUUCUCUGUUGCUUUCAGAACUUUUUUAAUGUUUCAUAUCUUUAAUCAUGGAGGUUUUCUCAAACACUUAAUUAUCUUCAGUUUUUUUUUUUUUUUUUUUUUUGCUUUGUGUGUUUUUAAGGUCAGAAAAUGAUACAUUUUACAACUCUAAGAAAUAAAGUGAUAAAUCACUGAUA